GAAAUGAAAAAUCAGACAUCUGUGAAAGAGUUCAUCCUUCUGGGAUUAACAGAUGAUCCAGAGCUAAAUGUUUUGAUUUUUCUAUUCCUAUUUGUCACAUAUAUAGUGAGUAUAAUGGGAAACCUGACAAUCAUCACACUCACUCUGAUAGAUCCCCAUCUCAAAACUCCCAUGUAUUUCUUCCUUAGGAAUUUCUCUUUCCUAGAAAUCUCAUUCACAACAGUUUGCAUUCCUAGAUUUCUGGUCAGCAUUGUGACAGGGGACAUGAGCAUUUCCUACAAUUCUUGCAUGGCCCAGGUGUUUUUCUUCAUACUCCUUGGUUCAACAGAAUUUUUCCUUUUGACUGCUAUGUCCUAUGAUCGCUACGUGGCUAUCUGCAAGCCAUUGCAUUACACAACAAUAAUGAACAGCAGAAUCUGCAUCCAACUUGUAAUUAGCUCUUGGCUGGCCGGAUUUCUCAUUAUCUUCCCACCUGUGAUCAUGGGGCUCCAACUGGAUUUCUGUGACUCCAACAUCAUCGACCACUUCACCUGUGACUCUUCUCCUAUGCUGCUGAUCUCCUGCACAGACACAGCAUUCCUGGAACUCAUGGCAUGUUUCCUGGCAGUAUUCACUCUCAUGUCAACCUUGACAUUAGUGAUUCUUUCCUAUGCAUUCAUCCUUAGAACAAUUCUGAGAAUCCCCUCUGCAGAGCAAAGGAAAAAGGCCUUUUCCACUUGUUCCUCACACAUGAUUGUUGUCUCCAUUUCUUACGGAAGCUGCAUUUUUAUGUAUGUCAAAACUUCAGCAAGAGAAGGGGUGGCUUUUACCAAAGGAAUAGCAGUGCUCAAUACCUCUGUUGCCCCAAUGCUAAAUCCUUUCAUUUAUUCCUUAAGGAAUCAGCAGGUAAAACAGUCCUUUAAAAAUGCAGUCAAAAGAUAUUUCUCAAAUAAAUUUUAUUCAUGA